AUGGCCGACGUCGUGGACGCGCCCGUCCCGCCCGGGGUGGGCGUCCCGCCGAGCGAGGACGCGGACGCGGCCGCCGCCGCCGACCCGAGCGCGACGUCCUCCAUCGAUUCGCCCGACGCGCGCGCCGAUUCGGAAUCGCCGCCGCCCCCGCCGCCGCCGCCGCCGCCUCCCCCUCCCGUCCUCGAGACGAUGCACGCGACCGAUCUCCUGAAAGACCUCGGACGCGAGGCCGCCGCGGACGCGCUCGCGCGGAACGGCGCGGUCGUCGUCCGCGCCGCGGUCCCGCGACGCGAGUGCGACGACGCGCUGCAUCAGAUCCGCCGACGCCUCGCGCGCGCCGUGGCCAAGACGAUGCCCGUACACCCCGCGCACGCGCGCCACGCCGCGAGCGCGCGGUACUUCGGCGACGUCGCGUCGCCGUCGGGGCGGCGCGACCUCAAGCUGUCGCUCUCGAGGCCGGUGCUGAGGACUUUGCCCGGCGCAUCUCUCCGCCCACCCCUCGCUUUCAAUCCCCGCUUUCGACGCCUUUCAACGCCAACUGACGCCUUUGAACUCCACCCCGACAUCGCUUUGUAUGGAACGACCCUGAGCGUGCUGCUGCCGCUUCUUCGAUGCGUCCGCGCGCCGCUGGCGGCGUUUCUGACGUCCGACGCGGAGCUCGCGGAGCUCGCCGCGCUGUGCUCUGAGCCCGGCGCGAAGGACCAGCCGCUGCACCCGGACACGCAGUACGCCGGCGCGGGCGCGCACUGCGCGCUGAUCACCGCGUUCGUGGCGCUGCAGGACGUGCGGCCGGACAUGGGGCCGACGGAGGUGGUGCCCGGGUCUCACGUCAGGCGCGUUCUGUCGUACGCCGGGUCCCUCGCUUUCAAUCCCGACGCACACACCUCGACGCCUUUCGACUCCGCUUCUGACUCCUUUGAACUCCACCUCGACGUCGCUUCGUAUGGACAUUACACCCUCAGGGACGCGCACGAGGCGUUGACCAGAGGGAACGUUUUCGGCGGGGGGGGGAUAACCGCCGGGGAGGAUGCGUUAACGAAUGCGGGGUACCCGUCGCCGGUCCCCGCGCUUCUGUGCGUCGGGGACGUGUUGCUCAUGGACAGUCGGACGAUCCAUCGCGGGACGGCGAACCACUCGUGCGGCGUCACGGCGACAGAUCGUCUGUUACUGUACUGCUCGUUUCAGAUACCGAAAAACGCGCCGCCCGGGAGCACGUACACGAUGUUGGAUGAGUACAAGGGGAGGUUUAAGCUGAGCGGGUACGAGACGUGGGCGGACCCGCACGGGCGCGAGAACGAGUUAGGGGAGAUGUAG